GAGCAAAAAGCAAUAUAACUUUGAAAGGAGCGACGUUUCGUUUCCUGUUUUUCCCGUUCAAAAUAAUAAGUCUGUUCVCAAAAGAAUAAAGGAAAAACCGGAACAAUGAAAGACGGGAUAAAAUGAUUAGGGGAAGAAGAACGAGACAAUGAACUGAAAAGGAAUACAGAAGUAGAACUUCUUUCAAAUAAYGAAUAGUUGUGUUUUGGUCGGAGUGGGCGGGAUAACCGAUGACAAACAGCUUCUAUGUUAUCGCCAAGCCGUGACAGUAGGACGACAUUUAGACGACACCUAUUUCCCGUCAAACUUCGCGCCAUCCGGCUGACUUCACUGACUUCAACAGCGUUGAGUGGCUUUUGAAGGACCGCAUUUAAAACGUAGUUCUGUUGGGCGAUUUGACGUUCGAUCUGCUCUAAUUCCUUCACGUAUUAAGACGAAUAGACAAUCUAUCAUAUGUUAUCUACUAUUGUACAUCAAAGUGAACAAAGGAAAGGAAAAAUCCUGCGUCUCAACACAACUCAAAACAAAGACCGUGGCCACUGAGCGAUUACAGGUCUGCAUAUUGAACCAGCGUAACYCCACCAAWUAACUUUWGAUAACAAGGAUAUUUAUAAUCUGCCAUGGAAGACCAUUACAUAAUUGUUACUACCUGGAAUUUACUUUGGUUUCUUGUCUCCGUCUGUGCSCCAUUAGCAACCGUAGCUGGAAUUCUCACCCCAAAAUGGUUAAUAGGAUCAAUGACUGUUGAGCAACAAUCGGUCAAUCAAACYAGACCUGUAUUUAACGAUGCUCAAAAGAUCCCAUCAAUUGGGAUCAUUAACUGGUGCAUAAACAUUGCAGAGCUGAUUGGAGGCAAAAAGGAAUUGCGGUGCAUGUAUUAUGGGAAUAGUUUUGAUGAUAUUGAAUCAGGAGAGUGGAAAGCCACCAUUGUAUUUCUUGUUAUUGGUACCUCCAUCUUAAGUAUCGUUGUCUUCAUGUCUAUGAUUGCAUUUUGCAUACAAAGCAUUGGCCGCAAGUCUAUUUUUACCAUUGGUGGGCUAAUACAAGCAAUUGGAGGUCUAUUUCUGGUGACAGGUCUUGUACUCUAUCCAGCUGGAUGGUCCAACAGACGCGUGGAYAGGCUUUGUGCCAUGUCAUACCAGAAAGCCGAGGCUUUUGUUAUUAAUGAAUGCUCUUUAGGCUGGGCUUUCUARGCUGUACUUGGAGGAACUCUGGCUGCAUUUUUGUGUUCUGCCAUUGCCAUCAAAUCAGAAAAGUCAACCUCAAGUGAUAAAGUACAAGAUGAGAUUCUUGUUGGAAAAACMUGUAUUUGUUUGCUAUGAUGACAAUAAGAGGAUUUCUUGUAGCUAAGCCUGGUGUGUGCUGUUAGGGAAAUMUWUAAAGUACUCAGCAUAGAUGUGUUCAAGCACUUGGAGAAUGAGAAGAGCACUAUAGUGAUGCAAUGUGUACAGUGAAGGAAUUGUGGCUUCUGUGCUAGAGAUAAGCAAGUUUUAUGCACACAAAGAAAACKGUGACUGUUUCUCUGGUUAAUGAACACCCCAUAGCCAAAUCUACAUAWGUUUCACUGCACUUAGAGAUACUAUGGACUGUCUCAGCUAUGUAGUAAAGACAUAAGGUCUAAAGAGACCUGGAGCGGUUAAGGUUUUGGCAUGAAGGAUGUCAAAAAUAGAAGAGAAAACACUUUGAAACAAAGUAAUUACUUAAAUGACCUGAACUUCCAACAUGAUGGGGUGAAUAURGAGUAAAAUGAAAUGAUUAUGACUAAAAGUCUGUUACCUGUAAAUAAUCCCAAUUUUCAACACAAUGCUUGCACUUUCAGUAAACAUGCCUAAUGCCUCAAUAAUAUGAAGCAAGAUGACACUGAACUGUUUGAAAAUUAGCAAUAAUUUGAAUAUAUAAUCAUGAAGGACUUAAAUAUGGAAUCAUCAAUGAUAUUUAUUCAUUGAAUAAGACUUGUGCAGUGCAAUAGUUMUACACAGGUAUAUCAAUUAAUGAUGAUUUUAAACUCUUAUUCAACAAAAGGUAAAAAUUGAGUUUUAAUAACUAGUGGCACUUUGAUUACUGAGGAUUAAGAUAAAUACUGAACUUAAAA